ACAGACCUCACCCUCUGCUGCCUUCCGCCCGUGAAAUCACGCCACGCUACCCGCAUAUUUCUCUCGCACGAGCAUCUGGUCUGUAACCUUCCCUCUCCCUCCUCUCAAUCCACUCGGAGGCAAGCAAUUUUGAAACGACGCUGCCGUAACUCAUCAUUCGUCUUGUCGUAGCUGGCGGUUCUUGCUGAUUCUGCUGUGCAUAUCGGCUGUGACGGCGUUGGCUGAUUCGAGGGGGCGGCGGAGAUCGGGAAUGGGCCCGGAAAGUAUGCUGUGAGAGGGAGAUGAGUGGGUGGAGAAGAUGCGGAUAAUCUGCGAUGUCUGCGAGAGUGCUCCAGCUGUUCUCUUCUGCUCAGCGGACGAGGCUGCCCUUUGUCGUCCCUGCGAUGAUAAGGUGCACAAGUGUAAUAAACUUGCAGGUCGACAUGUACGUGUAGGCCUUGCUGAUCCUAGUGAAGUUCCCCGCUGUGAUAUAUGCGAAGUUUCACCUGCUUUCUUCUAUUGUGAAAUCGAUGGAAGCUCCCUAUGCUUGCAAUGCGACACCAUUGUGCAUGUUGGAGGAAAAAGAACUCAUGCAAGAUACCUUCUACUAAGGCAGAGGGUUGAGUUUGUUGGCAAUAAACAGGGGCAGGCUGAGGAUUCAAGUUUACAGAACAAGUAUCACUCCGCUAACCAUAUGGAUCUUGAUCAUUUAUCUCAUUCGGUGGUGAGAGAGAAGCAACAAAACCAUGAAGUUUCUCCUCCUACAUUAAUUGCUAACAAUGAUCAUCAUGGUAAUUCAGACUCUAAAAUGAUUGAUCUUAACAAAAGACCAUCUCGAACCGGUGGCCAGGAUUCAAAUAUGCAGGGAGCUGGUGCUAGCCUUACCACAACAAUUGUGGCUCCAGUGGGGUCUUUAACGAGGGAUGCUGAAAAAUAGUUUUGUAAGUGUAUUGUGGAUUUAUCCCUUGUUUUUGUAUCAUUCAUGUCAGAAAGGGGUCGACUAUGUUUCCCCAACUAGUUUGUGAGACGAUUAACCUUGACUGCAUUAUAAUAUUCAACUCUUGUUGGAAAGAGAGGUUCUUUUGGUGAAUUACUUUGAUGGCUUUAAAUUGAAAUUGUUCUAAAAAUAUUUUAUUUUAUUUAA